AUGGGCGUGGCCUGUUGCUAUGGGCGCGGCCUAUCUCCGAGAGUUCCUCCCGGAAGUCCCGGCGGUUCAGUUCUUGUUCAGGCCGCACUUCCGGCGGAAGGGACGUGGCGGUGACGUCAGCGCGGCCGGUGCUCCCGGUGGCGGCUCCGGAGCCCGCGGCCCCGAUGAGCCCCGAUGCAGGCGCGCCGCCGGCUCGGGCCUAGGCAGCGGGAACCGGCGCAGGCCUCGCCCCCGGGGCCCCCCCGAGCUCCGGCCCUGCCGCCCCUCCCGGAGCCCCCCCCGGCCGCUGACGUCAUGUCGUGUCGCGACAGGACCCCGGAGUUCCUGUUCGCCUGCAAAUCGCUGCAGGGACGGCAGGUCGGGGGGCUCCAGGUGGGCAGAGCAGCCCCCGGGCCGGGGCGGCAGCGCAGCGAGUUCAGCCUGAUGGCAAAGCGCAUCGGGAAGGAUCUGAGCAACACGUUCGCCAAACUGGAGAAACUGACCCUGCUGGCCAAGCGCAAGUCGCUGUUCGACGACAAAGCCGUGGAGAUCGAGGAGCUCACCUACAUCAUCAAGCAGGACAUCGGCGGCCUCAACGCGCAGAUCGCGCGGCUGCAGGAGCUGCUGCGCGCCCGCGGCCGCCCCGACGGGCGCCACCUGCAGAGCCACUCCAACGGCGUGCUGCUGGCGCUGCAGUCCAGACUGGCCUCGAUGUCCAACGACUUCAAAUCCGUGCUGGAGGUGCGCACGGAGGUGAGAACAAGCUUGCGCGGCAGUCGGGAGCAUUUCUCCCGCGCGCCCGUCUCGGCCCUGGCUGCCAACAACCUCAGCAGCCCGGCCGUGCUCCAGGCCGAGCCCGCGGGCGCCGUGGCCAUCGACAUGGACGCCAGGACCAGCCAGCAGCUGCAGCUCCUGGAUGAGCAGGACUCGUACAUCCAGAGCCGCGCCGACACCAUGCACAACAUCGAGUCCACCAUCGUGGAGCUGGGCUCCAUCUUCCAGCAGCUGGCACACAUGGUCAAGGAGCAGGAGGAGACCAUCCAGAGGAUCGACUCGAGCGUGGAGGACGCGCAGCUGAACGUCGAGGCCGCUCACGGCGAGAUCCUCAAGUAUUUCCAGUCGGUCUCGUCCAACCGCUGGCUCCUGGUCAAGAUCUUCCUCAUCCUCAUCGUCUUCUUCAUCGUCUUCGUCGUCUUCCUGGCCUGAAGCUGCUCCUUGGCACCCCAAAAUCCCCAAAAUCCCCCAAAAAAAAUCUGCUCGGACUCGGCCCCGCGGGGCUCGGACACGGGGCUGGGGGCCCCAAAAUGCCCCAAAAUGCCCCCAGGAGAGCCCAAAAUGCCAAAAAAACCCCAUCAAAUGCCCCAAAAAUCCACUCAAAAUCCCCGAAAUUCCCCCCAAAACCCCCCAGGACACCCCAAAA